GCCUAAGAGGAAUGAAUGAUUAUUAAUAGGCACUUGAAUGGUAUCAAAAAGCACUUGAUAUCAAUCCAUAAUAUGUUUAUUCAUUAAAUGGAAAAGGUAAAUUUAAUUCAAUUAAUCAAAGGUGAAUGCCUAAGAUUAAUGAAUGAUUAUUAAUAGGCACUUGAAUGGUAUCAAAAAGCACUUGAUAUCAAUCCAUAAUAUGUUCAAUCAUUGCAUGGGAAAGGUAUCCAUUUAUUAAAUAUUUAGCCUACUGCUUAAUGUAAUAUGGUUAAUAUGGAGAUGCAUAAUUACUUUUAGAAAAUGCAUAUUAAUUAUCACCUGAUAAUAAAUUAAUAGAAGAAUUGCUAUGUAUUUAUACACAUCUAAAUAAGUUUAAUGUAUCAAUUUAAAUCAAUAAGAAUGAAUAUAAAUAUAUAUUCAAAUAUAUGUUGAAAUCAUAAAAUAUUCCUUAAGUUUUUUUUACAUUUAAAUCUUUCAUAUCAAUAAUUUCCUAAAAUUCCAUAUUUAUUUAAAUAUAUAACAUGACUUCAUUAAAUCCAUCAGAAAACAGAUGA